AUGCAAUAUCUCCCCGACAUCGAACUAGGCGCCAUGGUAAACCCAAACGAAUCUCCUGAAAGUAACAAGAAGGCAAUUGCAUCGCCCAAGCAGCCAAAGUCCCCAGGAGCACCAGCUCCGGGAAUGAAGGCGUUGGCAACUGGUUUUGUACCUGGAGAGUUCGAUGUCAUUUGCAAACGAGGCAAAGCUGCCAAAGAUCACCCUGGCAAUAAAUGGUUCCGCUCACUCAUUCAAGAGCAUAUCCAAGAGUACUCAGAGUGUGAGACCAAGCUUGACAAGAGCUUCGUGGUCUCAAAGGUACUCAAGCGAGUUCGAAAGGCCAGUCCACAAGGUGGAUUUGUCAAAGAGUUCCAGGGAGGAACCUAUUGGGAAGUGGGCGAUCGUCUCAGCAGAGAAAAGAUUGGACAGACCUUUAGAGAUAUGCUCCACAAUCAGUAUAAAAGCAGCACCAAGGCAAAAGCAUCCCGCCGAAAACAAAAAACAUCUGAAGAUGACCAAGCAAAACCUCCAGCCAAAGAGGAAAAGUCUCCUGGUGCAGAAAGUAGUCCAACUAAAGGCAAUGACAAAGACAAAGACAAAGCUUCUGCUGGACCAUCAAAACGUUCCAGUACCAAAAUGGCAGGAGCUGGAGACAACAUUCCCCGCAAAAAGGCAAAAUCGACUGGUGCCUCUAGUGGCACUAGUACAAUCACGGAUGCCACUUCUGCCAUGCCCACAUUACCAUCCAUGGCAAUGUUCAGAGGAUCCUCCCUCUCAUCGACGGUCAAUGAUCCAGCAAGCCGUUUGUCCCUUUCCAACUCGGCGGUGAACCCAAUAGGCAUGGCGGGGUUCGAUGCAGCCCCACCAUUGCCCAAUCUCAAUCGAUGCAUGGGGGCUCCAUUGCCACAAGGGCAAGCAGCAGCUGCAGCGGUAGCUUCUGCUGCCGCAGCUUCUGCUGCCAGCGCGAAUGCUCUGCUUCUCAACCAAACGGUCAUUCAGAAUGAGAUGCAGUUGCAGUUACAACAGCAGCAAUUGCGGCAACAGCAACAACGAUUGCAACAACAGCAGCAGCAAUUUCUGCGUCAGCGACAAUUUGCAGCCACUCGAACCACCGACACCUUGGGCAACAACACUCCGGGUGGGGAACUCGAAUCAUCCGUGCCUUUAAUGGAAUCCAUCACAAUGCAUUCUGCGGCCCUUCCUUCCGCGUCGUUUGGAGCAUCCUUUGGCGAGGAAAUCGAUGAAAUGUAUCAGGGCCAGCUUUUCGCUUCGGAUCACACGCUCGAGUCAAACAGUUCGGGAUCCCUGCCGAAAUUGCCCGCAUCUAGUAGUAGCCAGGAGAAAAAAUCAUCCAAGGACGAAGAUGAGUCUUAA